CGAUCCUAUCAGCGUAAAGAUGGUGAACACAGCACAAAACGAAAGUGAGAUUCAACAGUCGUCUGUUGAACUUGCACGCAAACAACAAAAAGCUGCAGAACAUUUCUUUAGGAUGUCCAUUGUUUUGAUAGGAAUUUCAGCAAGUAGCAUCGUCUUUGGAAUUGUAAUGAUUGUCGAUAAAGACAGUGUCAUAUUCAGUUUCUCAGUCGACACAGGCGCUCUAAUAUGGUCAGGAGCAGCGCUCUUCCUCAGUGGUAUAUCUUGUUAUUUUGUCUCUAAAACGGAUAUUGAUAAUAGAAAUAUACCAUCUUCAAGCUUUAUCAACAGAGUAACUGUUUACAGAGUGAUAAACGGGAUGAGCUUAGGGAUAAAUGUUGUAGCUACAGGACUCUGUUUUGUCUCCAUCUUUAAUUUCCUAUUCUUUUGUGUGGCAUCUCUUUAUGGAAAUUACACGUGUGCUGUCGAAGGAAACCAGAAGAAGGACAUUGUAGCAGUGUCACUCUCCAUCGUUAUGCUUAUCUCUAACAUUGUUGGUUUUCUUUUAUCGAGUAUAAUUAUUAAGCCACUGCAAACUAAUGGAGAAGGAAAUCCACCCGAGAGGGAAAAUAACAAUCUAAAAAUUGUAAAACCGCCUCAAGAGAACGUUAAUAGACCACGUGAUUUAGAUCCAUCCCAACAGAUCACACUGUGGUUUCAUUAAUUGGUGGGUAUUAAUUUUUGUGCAUUAAGUAAAAAUCGCAGUUAGGAGGAUACAUAAAUUCUUUGAUAAUGGUCCUAACAGAAACUAAAGGUACUGUGAGCACUGAGCUCACUAUAUGAAACCCCCGGCCUCCCAUAUGAAUAUAGUAGAAAAGUCCUUGCCAUUCUUUCCAUAAUAGUUGUGAAGGGUACCAAUCUCUUAUCUGCAAAUCCUCCUAUAAACAAAAUUUAAUGAUACUUUCACAA